UAAACAUGUAAUUGUUUUUUUAAAAAUGGAAAAAAUCUAAUUUAGACUUAGGGACCCACAUUUAUAAUCCCUCCAUUCUGGAGGCUGAGGCAGAAGGCUCUCAAGUUAAGAGAACAGCCUGUUAAAAAUACACAUACUACCACCACCGAAAAAGAAAUUUCUGUAAUGCAAAGUUGUAUUAGUUGCUCUUCUGUUGCUGUGAUAGAAUACUCUGACAAAGAACAACUUGGGGAAGAAAGGGUUUGUCUGGACUUGCAGUUAUAGCAGGGAUGCUUUAGUCCAUCGUGGCAGGGAAGGCACAGCAGUGGAAGGCUGAGGCCAAUCUGGUAGUCAGGGAGCCGAGUGAUGGAUCACACGUCAUCCGCACACAGAAGCAGAGAGUGGAAAGUAGAGCUAAGCUAUCCACCUUGAAACCGGUCCCGGGUUUGCAGUUCUUUCAGCAAGGCCUCACCUCUUCAAGUUCUGUAACUUCCCAGACAGUGCCAUUAGCUGGGGACCAAGUGCUCAAACACAACCUACAUUUAUUUAUUUAUUUAUUUUUACAAGACAGGGUUUCUCUUAGUUUUUGGUGCCUCCUGGAACUCGCUCUGUAGACCAGGCUGGCCUUGAACUCACACAGAUCCACCUGGCUCUGCCUCCCUAGUGCUGAGAUUAAAGGUGCACCACCACCACCCAGCUAUUUGUUUUUAAAAGAUUUAUUUUAUGUGUGUAGGUAUUUUGUCUGCAUUUAUGUCUGCACUAUAUGCAUACAGUGCCUCCAGAGACCAGAAGAGGGUGUCUGUUGGAUACCAUGGAAACUAAGUUAUAGAUGGUCAUGAGCCAUCAUAUAGGUGCUGGGAGUAGAGUCAGGGUCCCCAUCUCCAGCUCCAAGUCGAACAGAAGUUUAAAAAGCAUUUGCCUGGCAUGGUGUCACAUACCUUACAAUCCCAGCACCUGGAAAGCAGAGGCUGGCCUGGUUUACCCAGUGAAUUCCAGGCUAGCCAGGACUACCUAGUGAGACCCUGGUUCAAAAACAACAUAACCCUGAAUAUUCUUACUAGAAGCAAUUUAAUUGUUUUAUGUUUGUGUGUUAUGUGCAUGUGUGUGUGUGUAUAUGUAUGGAGGUCAGAGGCUGAUGUCUGGUAUCUUGCUCAUUUGCUCUCCACUUUAAUUAUUGAGGCAGGAUCUCAGUUGAGUCCAGAGCUAGCCUGCUCCAGGGAUCCCCUAUCUUUACCUCCCAAGCUCUAGCGUUUAUAUGGGUAAUAAGGAUUUAACUGUAAGCAUUUAACCUGCUGAACCAUUAUUGCCCUGGCCUCAUGAAAUAUUCUUUUAUUUUUUUAGACUUAUGUUCUCUGUGUAUUACCUGCAUUUAUGUAUGUUCGUGCCUGGUGCUCUUGGGGGUCAGACUAGGGCAUUGGAUUUCCUGGAACUUAAGUUAUAGAUGGUUUUGAUCCACCAUGUAAGUACUGGGAAUUGAGCCUAGAUCAUCUGAAAGCAGCCAGUGUUCUUAACCACUGAGCCAUUUCUCUGGUCUCUCUUGAUAUUAUUUGUACUUUGGUGGUAAGCUCCUUUCCUUCACUACGAGAUAGAUGAUAAAACUUGAGGGGUGGCAUGGGCAGGAACAGCUGCUUACUUUCCUGGGCAUGGUCUUAUAGGAAAAAAAGAAGCUAUUGGCAUUAGGUCUCUUAAUUUUUUAUCUUGAGAUUCUAAUUUUUUUAUAUGAAGUUGCAAAAGAACUUGAGACUCUGCAUUCCUCUCGUCACUUCUCUUUGACUUAGGUUUGCGUGGGAUGUGUUGGGAGCUGGGCACUCUGUGGCCAGCACACUUGUCCAGGCAUGUUCUCUCCCCUGAGAUCUCCUGCAUGAGUAUAAGGAGGAUGGAGUUGAUUGGGGUGUGGCCUCUGGAGACUGGCGACUGGCUUUUCUCUGGUCUGUAGUUCCAAUGGGAGCUCCGGUCAUUUCAACUUGAUUAUUUCCAGUUUGGGACAACUGACACGAUGUUUGCUAGAGGGCUGAAGAGGAAAUACGGUGACCAGGAGGAGGUAGUAGAGGGUUUUGGCACUGUCCCCUCCUAUAGCCUGCAGCGGCAGUCACUCCUGGACAUGUCCCUGGUCAAGCUCCAGCUCUGCCACAUGCUAGUGGAGCCCAACCUCUGCCGCUCAGUCCUCAUCGCCAACACAGUCCGUCAGAUCCAGGAGGAAAUGAGUCGGGAUGGUGUGUGGCAUGGGAUGGCACCCCAGAAUGUAGAACGGGCACCAAUUGACCGCCUAGUCUCCACAGAGAUCCUGUGUCGUACAGCCAGGGGAGCUGACGGGGAGCACCCCACUCCUGAACUGGAAGAUGGUCCCCUGCAAAGCUCAGCUUCCGAGCUUCCCAUAGUCAGCUCAGCACAGGGGCAAAGGAACCCUCAGAGCAGCCUCUGGGAGAUGGACAACCCCCAAGAAAACCGGGGAAGCUUUCAGAAGUCACUGGACCAGAUAUUUGAGACCCUGGAGAACAAAAACCCCAGUUCAGUGGAGGAACUCUUCUCAGAUGUGGACAGUUCCUACUAUGACCUGGACACGGUGCUAACAGGAAUGAUGAGUGGUACCAAGCCCAGUCUCUGCAAUGGCCUUGAGGGCUUUGCUGCAGCUGCCCCACCUCCCAGCUCCACUUGCAAGUCUGACCUGGCUGAGCUGGACCAUGUAGUAGAGAUUCUGGUGGAGACUUGAGAAGAGGCCCCUGGUGGGCCAAGGACAAGGCCACACACCUCACGGAGCUCACAUGUACUAUGAUCCAGAGACAGGACAAGCACUUGUCCCUAAGGGGGCUCUGACUCUGAAAAUAUCCUGGGACAGGUUUUCCUCUGCAAGGCUGCAGCCCUGGAGCUGCCUCAGGGCUAUAUAUACCCUGAGGUCAGAGCAAGCCAUUGCCAGGAGCUGAGCUCUCUGAAGGCUUUUGGGCCCUGGGUUCAUUUUCCUGUUUGUGGGAUCACUGUGGAGGAUGGUGUGCCACCGUUGUGUCUAGUCCAUUUUAAAUUAGGUAGGCGAACUUUCUAAAAUUAAGUUUUAUAUGUUUUGGGCAAUAUUUUGUCUUAAGAUAUAUUUUUUAAACUUUUUAUACUUUAGAUUUUUUUCAGCUAUUUUCUUAAAAGUAUAUUUUUUCUACAAACAUCCUUUGCUGCUACAUUAGAAACAUUUAUAACCUAAAUAAUUACAAUUGGUGUGUGUCAUUUUUAAGGUUUAAAUAGAAUAUUUUUUUGGUGAUGAGUCUCUACAAUCCCAAGGCAACAGUGUAAAUGUAGCUGGCCAGGUGUUUACAUGAGAGGCUUCAUCGUGGUCUGCAUUCCAGUAGUGUGCCUGAAAUGAGAACCAUGCACAGCUCCAUUGCUCCCUCACUGGGUCUGUUGUGCAAGUGCUGUCUUCCUGGGCUUCAUGCAGGAGGGUUUUAUUUAUGCCUAUUUAUAUGUAAAUGCCACUGAAGGCUAAGAUCAGAUGUCUGGAAAGUACACCACCAGUUCUGUCUCAGGCAGUGCCUUAUGUAGGUCUUGUCCCUGGCCAUUUUCUGAUUCCCAGCACAGCACUGUGUGUGACAGGAAGACAUGACAUCCUAACACACCCAACGUCUCCCGUUCUAUGUCAAGUGUGUACAUGGAGGCUGCUGGGUACCAGGCAUGGUUGUGUGUACACUUGGAAAGGGUGUGUACCCUCACCCAUGUCCUCAGUAGGGAACACCCGUGCUUGCUUGCUUCUGAAAUGGUGCUCGAACAUCUUAAGGUUAAAAACAACCUGAGUUCAUAUAAUUUUAGGGCCCUUUUCUCCUGGGGUGGCCCCUAUGCUGUCUGCUUGGAUCUCAAGGGUCUGCUACUUGAUCAUGUGUCAGACUCCUCUCCCCUGCAUGUUUUUCUGUUUCUCAUGUGCUUUUUUGGAUUUCCCCACCUGAGCCUAAGAGGUUUUUUUGUUGCUGUUUUUUUUUUUUCUGUUUGUAUUAACUAUACUUUAAUAUCAACAAUGUAAACCUAUUAAAAGUAUCCAGCAAAUGGAAUGUGUUAUGAACAUUCUUCCCUCCUAACCUUUCUAUUGAGUUUGCUUUCAGUGGUUUCAGCAUUUUAUAUGCUUUGUAAUGUCGGCAAAGAACUUUUUUGUGCUCAAUAGGCAAUGGGUUUAUUUUCCUGACCUCAUGGCUCCCAAGGCAAAAUUCUCCCUUACCUUUCAGCCCCUCCUGCCUUCCUGGGCCCAAGUACUCUAAGUAUGCUAUAGGAACAGACUGGCUGAGCCCCAGUCUAUGA